CAAGUCUUUAACUAUUCAUACUCCUUAAUUCGACGUCUUAAAAUUCCAGAUACUAGGCGUCACAAUCACUUCAAGGGUCUCAAAGUGAUCAACUUCCGGUUCACCAACAAAGUACUUCAGAAUGAAGUCGAUGAAGCAAUCUUGAACCUUCACGUUCAGGAAUUGGAGCCUAGACAUAACGUUACCAUAACUGAUGAUCAUUUUACUAUUAAUCUUCAAGUAAAUAGAGUAACACGUAAUAGUCAAGGGAAUAAAGCAUCUGUACUGUACACGGAGAGUUCGAUCAAGUUGACGAGAAAGGAUUUGAAGGUUGGGAAGUGGAUGAAGGUUAACGUGACGAAUAUGGUCGCGGAAUUCUUCAGGUUGCCGAGAGAGAAUCUAGCGAUAGUAGUGAGAGUACAAGACUCGAAGAAUAGGAUAAGCUUGGUUGUGCCGCAUCCGAGUUCAGAAUCAAAUAAUGCAUUGAUGCCAUAUAUAGAAGUAAGCCUAAGAGACAAUUCGCAUAAGAGAACCCGGAGAAUGAUAGGGAUGGACUGCACGGAAAACUCCAAAGAAGCUAGAUGCUGUAGAUACCCACUCUCUGUCAACUUCGAAGAGUUUGGCUGGGACUGGAUCAUCGCCCCCAAGCAGUACGACGCCAACUACUGCAGCGGCGAAUGCCCGUACAGUUUCCUGCAGAAAUAUCCCCACACUCAUUUAGUUCAUUUGGCCGCACCCCAAGGCAGUGGUGGCCCGUGCUGCGCCCCGAGAAGAAUGAGCAGUAUAUCUAUGCUGUACUUCGACCACGAUUUGAACAUCAUCUACGGAACUAUUCCUGGCAUGGUCGUCGAGAGCUGCGGCUGCUCAUAGCAACAGCAUUCAACGAUGACGUAACAUUGGACGUUCGAAGAUCUUUUGGUUGUUUCUUCUUUCGUAUAAUUAAUUACUUGGGGCUUUAAGUGUAGUGUUUUCUAUUGUGAUACAUUCGUUUGAAGACUGCGAACCCUUGUGCUGUGUGCCGUGAGUGUGACUAUGUACAUUUAUUACCGUAGUAACAUCUAGUUUAAACUUCAUUUCAUCUAUCAGAUUUUUAGAUUUCAUUUGUACAACAUAAUAUUAUUUUAAAAUCAUGUCGAAUCAAUCAAUCGUUAUAAUCUACUUAUAUAUUUUUAGUUUAUGUAUUUUUGUAGUUGAUUAAUUAUUUAUACUGGCUUUAUAUACAUAUAUUUAAGGGUACAUUGAAAAUUAAGUAUAUUUUUAUAUGUCCUUUAUCUUUUUUAAUAUUCCUUAAAAAUACGUGAGGUAUUGUCAUUUCAAUUUACAUUUUCACAUUUUCUUUUAAAAUGGCAUUUAUUUUCGAAAUUAGAUCAUAAUUAAAAUUUAGUUAGUAAGAUACCUUUUCAAUUGUAAGUAGCAAAAAUGUAACACGGGCACAAUAUUUGUUUUAAUUUGAAUGCAGUGUGUGAUAUAAAUACAUUAAAAUCAUCAUCGAUGGUGCGUUGAACUAUGGACCAACAAUAGGAUAUGUUAAUGAGAACCGUACAAAGAUUCUUUAGCAAUCAUCAAAGGAAUUGCACAAAGGUUUACGAACUAACACAAUCAGCAUUGUUUUACAUUUUUUUUAUUUAAUAUUUUUUUGUGCCUGUGAUGUUAACUUUCGUAUCUUUUUAAUCUGUCACCUUGUUAGUUAGGUGGUCGUAAACAAAGUGUCCGCCAAUGACAUUUUAUCCAUAGACACGGUAUGAUUAAAAAAAAAACAAAAUAUACCAUCAAUUAUAUAUAUAUACUUAAUAUA